CUGACUUGACUAAACGAAGACGUUGUAACGAUGAGCCUCACUGCUAGAGACAAGUCUGUGAUUAAGUGCCUCUGGGACAAAAUUUCCCCCAAGGCCGAUGAAAUCGGGGCUGAAGCUUUUGGCAGAAUGCUCACCGUAUACCCCCAGACAAAGACUUACUUCGCCAGUUGGUCCGACCUGAGCCCUGGAUCCGCUGCUGUGAAGAAGCACGGAAAAACUAUCAUGGGCGGAAUCGCUGAGGCGCUUGCCCACAUUGAUGACCUUACUGGUGGUUUGGCCUCGCUCAGUGAACUGCACGCUUUGAAGCUGCGGGUGGACCCUGCUAACUUCAAGAUUCUUGCGACCAACAUCAUGCUAGUCUUGGCCUUGUACUUCCCUGUGGAUUUCACUCCUGAGGUUCAUGUGUCCGUAGAUAAAUUCUUCCAGAACGUGGCGUGGGCUCUGUCCGAGAAGUACCGCUAAA